AUGGAAGUUGCGCAGAAGGGUUUGAAAGCUCUUCUGAAGCUGAUGGCUGAGGUGGAAGAAACACUGAAGCGAAUUCAGAGCCAAAAAGGAGUGCAAGGAAUCAUUGUUGUUAAUUCUGAAGGUAUUCCUAUCAAAAGUACGAUGGACAACUCCACAACGAUUCAGUACGCGGGCCUCAUGCACAGCUUCAUCAUGAAGGCAAGGAGCACCGUGCGAGACAUUGAUCCCCAGAAUGACCUCACAUUCCUGCGGAUCCGCUCUAAGAAAAACGAAAUCAUGGUUGCGCCAGAUAAAGACUACUUCCUGAUCGUCAUCCAGAAUCCAACUGAAUGAUUACACUGACUUGGUCUGGUUUUUUCCCUUUGCCCAGCUGUUUUUUUUAAUUUAAUGGUAAAGAAUAGAGCAUUAGUGUUAACUCUGCUGUGCCACUUCAAUAAUGUCUGGAAAAACAAAAGCAGGUGUUUUUGUUGUUUACAAACAGAAAAAGUGGCUUUUUUUUUUUGUAUCACAAGUCGUUUUGAGGAAGAGUUGGUGAAUUAGAAUCAGGCAGUAAAAAAUGCAACAGAUUCUUUUAAUAGUUAAGAAGAUAAUAUAAUGAAAUUCUAAUAACGUUCUAAAAAAGAUUA